AUUGAAAAUAUAAAAGAAUUCUCCAUCGAUAUAGUAAAUGAUUAUAUGUUAAACAGUGCAAAUCUUAUUUAAAUUAAAAGGUAAAAAAAAGUAUGCCUUUAAAAGCAGACUAACAAAUUGUUAUUGAAAAUUGCAUGUUAUUGAAAAUGAAAAAUGGGUUCUUGAUAAUAUGGAAGAUCAAUGCAAGUGUGGCAUUUGUUACUUUCUGUUUUUUUUUUUUCAGAUUCUUAUGUUGGGUUGGUUGUUGACGUGAGUGAUUGCUGAUAAAGUUGUGUUCUUGAUGUUUGAAUUGGAUUGUUAUUGAAAAUGAAUUAUGGGCUUUUGAAAUGGGAUAGAUGUAUAUAAGAUUAGUGAGUAUAAGGUUUUAGUUUUUGUUGAUAGAAGCUGUGUUUCCUGAUGACAAGUUCCAAUUGUGGUCCAAGUAUGUUAUUGAGACUGGAAUCUGGUUUUCUGAUUAUUUGAUUGAGGACUCGUAUAGGAUUAGUGAAUGCAGAGGAUAAGAUUUUGUUUGGUGUUUGCUCUCAGUUGUGGGAUUUUUGAUUGCUGAUUUUCUGUUGCUUUGUGGACAGCGUCCUCUUUUCUAUAGCUUCAAGAUGGGACUUCCAUUGGCAAUUAAACGAGCUUUAAAGCUUUCAAAUGUGGCUUACUUAUGCUCACCUGCGUUGCUAGUGUUUCUUCCAGAUCAAUUUAAAAGUGGAGGAACAAUGGGGCAGUUCAUCACUGAGCAGAUCAUUCUGUAUAUUGGGAGCUUUUCUGUGUUUCUCUGUUGGGAAUUGAGUCACCAUUUACACCAGGUACUUAUUUGCACCGCCGAAAGGUUCUGCAGCAGCAGAGACAAAUCCCAGUGAGCCUCUCCUUGCAGCCCUUAAGGAGAGCAUUCCGGAUUCUCUUCCGCAGUAUCUUGCAUAUCUUGAUCUUUGUAUGGUUUGUGAGAAUAAUGUAGAUGAUUGGUGCCGAGCUGCAUUUUUUGAAGAAACUGGUGAGACUUACAAAAAAGUUGUUGCUGCGUGCUUGAGGCCUCAGGAACAGCUUACAUCUAACUUGAGUGAAGUCUUGGAAGGUUGUUAUGUUGAUAAGGCACAUCAAUUAUCCAAUCAAUUGCAGUUGCCAACUGACUCUCAACUGGAUUCAAAACACUAUGAAUCACUAAACAACUUUCAGAAGUAUGCAUGGUGUGCCAAGGCAGUUGCCUCCUUGACUGAACGGUCACAUGAGGAGGAUAGAUUUGGGGUUGCACAACUCAUUGGUAGCAAUGUUGCUGUUCUCUCAACACUUAUCUCUAGCCUGCUUGCUAUUGAAGUUUUCAUGGGGAAGAAGACAAGCUUGCAACCCCAACAUUUGAUGGGGCCAGUUACUAUUAAAUGAAAUACUCCAAGUACAGUACAGGAAGAAGAGAUGUUGCGACAGCAAAAAAGCGAGGUGGUCCUCUACUUGCAAGAACUUGUGCCAUGGCUGAUGUGCUAAGGAACUCAAUCUACGGCAUUGUGUCUGCUUUCCAUGAUGAGAUGCUCACGAGCACCAAAGCAGGUGUUCUUGAGAAGGAUUGGGUUACUAAAAGUAAAUCCCUUUUCAAAACCUAUGAGCUGCUGGUACAGAAACUGCAUCAUUUCCUGGAUUUCCGAGCUAGCUAGCGAGUUACUUGGUUGCUUGUGGUUGGCAUCGUCCAAGUAUUCUUGUGUCAUUUAGGGGAAACAGCAUCAAGGAGAUGAGCUUGUUUGUUGACCUGGAGCUACUCACAAAGCUUUAACAGGUAACUUCAGUUUUGUUCUGGAGGAUAACUGAAAGUGCAACUAUAAAAUCAUGUUGUAUGAUUGGAAACCUCUCAAGGGUUGAGUUGAGAUGCAAAAUGAUUUGAAUCAAAUGGUAGGAGAUGUAAUGGCUACUGAGUGUUUGAUACAAAUAGUUGCACAGGAUAAAUGUGACCUCUGAAAGACAACUAUUUGAACAUAUUUUCAGAAAAAAAAAAAACUACUAAACCUCUGCGGGAAACAUCCUUUUAACCCCA